AUGAUCAUGACGCUGCCAGAGAAGGAGAAGGACAAGGGCAAGGGCAAGGGCAAGGGCAAGGGCAAGGACAGGGACAAGGGCAAGGCACAGGUGGAGGCGACAGUUGGCGCGGAGGAAAUAGAGGUGGCAGAGGCGGCAGUUGGCGCGGAGGACCCAGAGAUCGCCUCACAGCAUUUAUACUCCGGUGCUAACUUCGACGCGGCAGUGUACUCACCUAGCGGCCACCGUGCUGUUACAACAGGGGCCAUGGUGCAGCAUCAAGGCACCAACGAAGAGGGGGGUUCAAACAACGAAAGGCUCGACAAGACUCACCCGGGCCUUCGAAUACUCCGAGAAGGUGCUUACUCCAAAUGGCUGGGUAUUAAAAGAUCGGAGGGUGAGCACAGCGCGAGAGCGAGGCUAAUCCGAGCGCACCUCGUUGACCUGGAGUCGUACCUUACAUUCGGGAUGGUAACGGGAAGUCCGGACUUCGAGAAUGUAUAUCAGAGAUGUGAUUAUUCACACCACCGCCCGGGGACUAUUAUCGAGUAUCCUUGCCAUGGCGCGACCUUGAAACCAAUUGAGUUGGGGAAUGUGAACAAAUCUAUCAGCAACUACGGACCGGUCUUUACCAAGCUUCGGGCCGUGAUUGUAGUGGCUAGGUACCAGAAGCACGCGACGGUUGUGCCCGUCUACACACACAAUGGCAAAGGAAUCACAUUCUUGAGCAAGGAAGAAAAGAAGGAACAUGUGCUGCUUCUCGACGAGGGGGAGCAGAAAAAUGUCAAAGCCGAAGCCAAGGCCAGAGCCAAGGACAAAGACAAAGCCAAAGCCGCGAACGAAGGCGGAUCGGAGACGAUCUUUGCGACCAAAGACAAGGGAUUCACGGGAAAUCGGUGGUUCAAUACCACCACCUAUGUCAAGUUCACUGAGCUAUCGUCUCACCAUUAUAAAAUGGGUUGCAGAUUGUUGGGGAAGCUGGACAGAAAGUCACUUGACAAGCUACACAAUAUUAUCCUCAGACGUUUCAACAAAAACUCGGUGGAAUUUGCGCCAUAA